AUGGUCUCCUAUUGCCACGUCAUCCCAGGCGCUCGUUCGGGUUGGAGGCGAUUUCACACGAUCGAUUUUUUUCUCGCCCCAGGUACCUUAUCCUUUUCCCCCGAGCACUACCUCACCUACUCGGUCUCACAUUAUCAUUCCGGCGAUUACAACGGCGAGUCCUUCUGCCGAUUCGAGGGGCAGCGGGUGGCGCACGAGUGCAGCGGCGAGGAUGCAGGACGGCUGCGUCCAUGCGAUAGGGCGACGCCCACCGGGCACCACGCUGCGGCCCUGCGGGAGGAGGCGGCGACGAGGAUGCGGCCCGCGGGAGGGAGGCGGUGGCCGGCAGAAGCUAUUCCGACGACUUGGGAGCUCCUCCUGCACGGCCAGGACGGCGCCCGGCACCACGCGCGAGCAAGCCGCGUCCGGGAGUGCGAGCAGCGUGGCGCUCAUGGUCGCGCCCGCCACCCACAUCCUGGCGCCGCGGCGUUGUCAGCGGGGGCCCGUUCGCGGCAUUGCUUUGCCGGGUCGCGCGAGUGCGGCGAUGAUGAUGGAGAGGGCUGCAUUGGGCGGCCACGGAGCUGGUAG